AUGGCGGCUCACCGGCAAGUUCUGCUCUUCUUGGCCGUCGUCUUCGCCGUCGCGUCGCUGGCUUCCGCCACGGAGUGGAAGGUCGGGGACGACGGCGGCUGGAGGGCCCAGUUCAACAAGACCGGCUGGGCCGACGGCAAGACGUUCAGAGUCGGCGACACCCUCCUGUUCAAGUACAUCAAGGGCAACCACACGGUGAUCCAGGUCGGCAAGGAGGACUUCGCGGCGUGCAACGUGAAGACCAACAACAAGCUCGGCGCCUGGUCCUCCGGCAACGACGUCGUCCCCCUCGACAAGCCCGGCAAGAUGUGGUUCUUCUGCAGCAUCAACGACCACUGCAACAACGGCAUGAAGCUCGUCAUCAACGUCGUCGGCGACGGCGCCGCCCCGGCCCCGGCCCCGGUGCAGCCGGCUCCGCCGCCGUCGUCCGCCCCCGUCAUGGGCUACACGGCCGGCGCCGCGGUCGCCGUGGCCGGCGCCGUGGUCGCGGUGGUGCUCGCGUUCUAG